AAUGGUGAAGCCCUGUCACUUGGUUAAACCUGUAUCAGCAACUCUGGUUGCUGCCAGAAACCAGACCCAGCAGAAGGGACUGCCCAGUCAGCCUGUCCCCCCUCUGCAUCAGACCUGUGAGCUCUACCUCAGCAUGCUGGAGCCCAUCGUGGAGGAGGACGAGCUGAAGCGCACAAAAGAGCUGGUGAAAGACUUUCAGAAAGCAGGAGGGGUCGGAGAGAGACUGCAGAGAGGCCUGGAGAGGAGAGCACGCAACACUGAGAACUGGUUAACAGAGUAUUUUGUGAAGUAUGUCUAUCUCGACAAACGAUACUCUUCGGUGGUUCAGUCCAACGCCGGGAUGGUCUACCCCCAGAUGGAAAUCAGAGAUAAACAGGAACAGAUAAGGUUUGCCGCCAAAUACAUAGUGGGUUUUUUGGAAGUAAAGAAAAUGAUUGACAAUGAUGCUCUACCAGUUGAGUACAUGAAAGGGAAGCCACUGUGUAUGAAACAGUAUGAGCAGAUGAUAUCAUCCUGCCGGAUCCCUGGUGUGAAGGAGGAUUCAUUGGUGUUCUAUGGCAGGAGCUCCAACCCCCCCAAACACAUCACUGUAGUACACAACAAUCAGUUCUUCGUACUGGAUGUGUACAAUAGUGACGGGACUCCGCUGACAGUUGAUCAGCUCUGUGUUCAGCUGGAGAGGAUCUGCAACGCCUCACUACAGACCGACAUGGAGCCUGUCGGCAUCCUCACCACUCAGCAUCGUGACAUCUGGAGCAAAACCUACGUCAGUCUAAUGAAGGAUAAGAACAACAAAGAAUCACUGUCUGCUAUCGAAAGUAGCAUCAUCACAGUGUGUUUGGACAAAGCGAUGCCCCUAGUGUCUGAUGAGAUGUCUCGCAGCAGUAUUACUCACUGGAUGCAGACUGGAGGAGGCAGCCAGUGGAACAGUGGAAACCGCUGGUUUGACAAGGGGCUGCAGGUAAUUAUUGGAGAAGAUGGAAUUUGUGGUUUACACUUCUCCCAUGCCUGUGCUGAUGGCGUAACCCAUUUGGUGUUGGGAGGAUAUGUCAUAGAAAACAUAAACAAGGAAAAGACAAAGAGGAUGCCGCCUACCAUAGAGCCUUUGCCAGUGCCCCAGAAACUGCACUUCAACAUCACGCCCGAGGUCAAGAAGGACAUUAAGGAAGCCAAGCACAGCAUGGACGUACUGGUCCAAAACGUGGAGGUGAGGGAUACAGUAUUUGCCCACUUUGGGAAAAGUUUCCUAAAGGCUGACAAGAUAAGCCCCGAUGCUUUCGUACAGAUGGCGCUACAGCUGGCCUACUACAGGAUGUACCAGAGGUGCUGUCCAAUAAUGGAACCUGUCUCCCUGCGGACUUUCAGACUCGGCCGUCUAGCUAUUAUAAAUUCAACCUCGAGUGCAUCAGCUGCCCUUGUCAAGGCCUUUGACGAUCCCAAAAUACAGAACUCAGAGAAGGUUGAUUUAUUGGAGAAAGCGCUCAAAGCACACAAAAAGAGCACUAACAUGGCAGUCAGCGGACAGAUGAUAUACAGACACCUCUUGGGUCUUAAGAUGCAGGCUGUUGAGGAAAACAUCUCCAUGCCUGAUCUCUUCACAGACACCUCCUACGCUAAAGCCUUUGACUUCAGAAUCACUACCUCUCAGGUGACGUCCAAGUUUGGCUGGACAUGUGUUGGCCCUGAACAACCUGGUACAUACUGUAUGUACUAUAGUAUUAUGGAUGAUCACAUUUAUAUCAUCGUCACCACUUUGGAAGCUUCCAACACCUGCAAAGAAACUGAUGCAGCCCAUCUAAUCCAAGCCAUGGAGGAUGCAAUGUUGGACAUGAAGACCCUGCUGGGACAAACACCAAGAGUCGUAUUGUGAACCUAAUCCAGACUUAAAACAAUAGUUCAAUAUUUUGUGAUAUUUGCUCUUUUAAUUUCUUGCAGAGAGUUGGAUGACAACAUCAUACCACUCUCAUGUCUGUCGUUUUAAAUGUAAGACUGCAGCCGGUUAGCAUAGCUCCUCAUAAAACCACAAGUUGUUGUUUUUUACAUUUCAGUUUUUGUAUGAAUUAAAAAGACAUAAUGUGUUAAAUAGUGAGCUUUAGAGGUGCUGGUGGGUGGAAUUGUUUCCAGUCUUGGUGCUGAACUACAAGCUACAUUACAAGUCAUGGAAAUAAAACUAUUUUACAUGGUGGAGUGCUGCGGAUGAAUUAAAGCUGGGGAAGGCAACGUGUUGGGCAAGGGUUUUUUCAGUUGAAAGUAUCAAACUGAAAAAAAAUCCCACCCCUUCUUUUAGGUCUCCCUCCAAAACCACUCCCUCAAAACACAUUUCCAUGUGCAAUGAGGCCAGCAAAUCAUUUCAUUUGGUCCUUAUUACAGUCAUACGACAUCCACAGAAACCAGAUUCUUUUUAAUUUUUGUAUCAGAGCUAAUUUGAUUUAUUGAUUGCUGGCUGUUGA